AUGAGCGUUAACCCGCAAUCACUACGUGGUUCAAACACAGGUGUCUAUGUAGGCGCCACCACAACUAAAGCAUCCGAUGGAUACCCGGAUUACAUUCAAGCGGAUGUGGACGGAUCGCUAGACAUCGCAAUGCAUCAGACUUUGUUUAACUCAAAAUAUUUCUACCCAAAUCGCAUAUCAUUUGCUAACGACUUUAAAGGACCUUCACUUUUAGUAGACACUGCCUGUUCAUCCAGUCUAUCAGCAAUGACAAUGGCCUAUAAUGACUUGAUGCUAGGCAAUACGGAUGCGGCGAUUGUGUGCGGCACUCAUAUGGUGUUUGAACCGUUUAUAAAUGAGUUUCAAGUGGAGUACGGUAUUUGUUCGCCGCGCGGAGUAUCCGCUGUGUUGGACGAGUCGGCCGACGGUUAUGUCAAGUCAGAGGCCGUGUGCUGUUUGUUUCUACAGCGCCGUAGGGACGCCCGACGUGUGUACGCACAGGUCAUGUCUGCGCGAGUAAAUGUUGACGGAAAGAAAAAGAUGGGAAUGCUUUAUCCAUCAGCCGAUGCACAGGAGCAACUUAUGAUACAGAGUUAUAGGGUAGCUGAAAUUGACCCUGCUCGUCUAACAUACUUUGAGGCACAUGCAACGGGAACCAAGGUUGGUGAUCUGCAAGAAAUUAAAGCGAUAUACAACGCGUACUGUGAUAAACGGACUGAGCCCUUGCCGUUGGGGGCAAUGAAGAGCAAUAUGGGUCACUCCGAGGCUAGCUCUGGGAUAACUUCCGUAGUCAAAGUGCUGAUUGCUUAUGAGAAUGAAUGCAUUCCUCCAAACAUUAAUUUCAAUAAAUUAAAGGGAGAAUUAGAGCGAUAUUUUCCACCACUACUGGCAGUUACUAAAAAACAUCCAUAUAACCCUGGCUCUCCCCUUCCCCCGCCGUGGGGGGGCCGAACGAUCCUAUAA